GUUUAUCACAAUUGCACUUCACACGUUUCAUUAUCUUCAUAACAAGUACAUUUCCUAGUAGAAAAUAGAAACCAUGAAGCUGUUUCAAAUAGUCGAAAAAGAGCACUGAUCAAUUAUCUACCAAGAAUAAAGACUUAGUCAUCGAUUAUAAAGCGUUCCAGCAACAGUUGAAAAUGUCGUACGGUUUAAAUAUUGAUAGAAUUAAAAAACAUGCCAAGUACUUUAUGAGAUUUUUAGAUGUUUUACCGGCGAACUUAGCUUCGCAUGAUUGCACAAGAGGGACGAUUGUUUUCUUUGCUGUUUGCGGUUUAGAUGUCCUGAAUUCUUUAGAUUUAAUAACAGAAGCUAGACGUAAGCACAUUAUAGAUUGGAUUUAUGGCAAUCUCGUUACGCCUCGCCCGGAACAUCGUUGUUGCUCUGGUUUCCAGGGUGGACGUUUUGUCAUGAUAAAGAACGACAAUGAAGAACUUUUGGAAAAUGUUCGUUGUUUCCAAUGGGGUCAUUUAGCAAUGACUUAUACGAGUAUUGGCGUUUUAAUCACUUUAGGUGACGAUUUAUCACGAUUGGAUCGUAAAAUAAUCGUUGAUGGGGUAGCAGCUGUGCAAAGAAGUGAUGGGAGCUUUAGUGCCUGCAUCGAUGGCAGCGAACACGAUAUGCGGUUUGUAUUUUGUGCAGCAGCCAUUUGUCAUAUGCUAGAUUACUGGGGUGAUGUAAAUAAGGAGAAAAUGUAUCAAUUUAUUAUGAAUAGCAUUCGAUAUGAUAAUGGUUUUAGCCAACACACAUAUGGAGAAGGGCAUGGUGGAACAACUUACUGCGCUUUAGCAGCCCUCGAAUUGAGUGGCCAGUUGAACCGUAUAAGUGCUGCUGCUCUUGAGGAUAUAAAACGUUGGUGUAUCUUUAGGCAAGUGAAUGGCUUUCAAGGUCGACCCAAUAAGCCCGCUGAUACAUGCUACUCGUUUUGGAUAGGGGCUGCUUUACAAAUAUUAAACGCUUUUCAUCUUACCGAUUUUGAUUCUAACCGUUCCUACGUGUUGGAAACGCAAGACAAUGUGGUUGGCGGCUUCGCUAAAUGGCCUCAGUCGACCACUGAUCCAUUCCAUACGUACUUGGGCAUAUGUGGCUUAACGUUUACCGAGAAAGGAGGAGAAUCCCUUCUCGCAGAAAUUAUGCCCAGCUUAAAUAUAUCGAAACGUGCCUACGAGAAUUUAAAAAUACUUCAUUCGAAAUGGAGUUUUCAAAAUGUCGAGGAUGGUUAUCAAGGGACAUUUAGGAAUCUGGCUAAAGAGUUGACCGAAACAAAAAUAUCUGUGGAAGAAGAUGAGCUAGUCACCUCACCUCUAAUAAGAGCUCAAUGAUUAAUUGUUGCAUUUUGAAUACGAAGUUACUAAAUAUUAAAGGCAAACAAUGUUUGUGUAGCGCUUUUAUUAUUUUAUUUAUUAAAAGUGAUUCUUUUGCUAACAAUUUUCUGAUUUUAGACUAAGUUUCAA